CCCCACCAUGAUCUCCGUUUGGUUUCCCCUUGCCUGAUAACUAUUUAAAUACAUUUUACUAACUUUGGAUUCCUUGCUCAUUUCACUUCACCUGGCUGGGCAGGUCAGCGAGGGCUCAAGGGUUAGCUCCUCUACUUUUAUAGUUUUAUUUAUUUUUCAGUCAUCUUUUUUAUUAAAAUAACCAUGUUCAGAAGAAGAGCCCGACACACAUAAAUAAUGGGAACUGCUAAUAGUAAGCAGGCUGCUCUAAAAUGUGCUGGGGCUUUGACUUAAGGGAAGAAAGCACAGCCCUGCAUUGUCCCUAUCAGGAAACUGGAGCACAGAAGACUUAACAGGCCUGUUGGCAGGAUGGGGCAUUUGGAGGACAUUGGGAAAGGCAGUCCGGAGACCGGCUGGAAAUAACUGUUGGGUCUUUGCCAUUGAACCAGAAAGGGAAAGGUAGAGACACUUGCAGUCUCUGUUCCUCCCAUUUUUCUUCAUGUGAGGUCUUCAUCUUCCAGUGUUUGAAGCUUUGUGGUCUGAGCUGGAAAGAGUUCACUUAGGAUCAAAAAAAUGCUGCAGGUCAGAAACAUCCUGGGACACUACUUCUGUCGAAUCUACAUCACUGGACUAUUUCUACCUCCUCACUAAAGAUGGUCAGAAAAGACGCCAAAUACAAGUAUGAGAGUGAGUUCUAAAAACAAGAAGCAAAAUUUUAAGGCAGAGAGAAAGUCUCCUUCAACUUUUCUGUAAGAUGAGUCAAAGUACAGCAGCACCAUCUGGAAGAAUGGCUUUGUGCUUGUGAAUUGCAAACAGCUGGAUCUGCCUCACGUAGCCACCUGCCUGUUCAACACCUGAAACUAAUCCUUUGGAUAAUUCACCCAUGACUCUCAUGAACAAUGCAGGGAAAUAAGAAACAUACAGAAGGACAUAGUGAUUCCUCAAGUAUUGGGAGUCUCCUGGAUGAUGCAGACAGAGAGGUGAGCAGCCUCACAGAUCGGGCUUUCAAAAGUUUGUGUGUAGCAGAACUUGAAGACCCUUACAAUGAACCGGAACUUUCCAUUUCACCUGACUUCGCCCUCCAGUUGUCUGCUAAAAUUCACUCAGGGACGUUAAACCAUGACAUGAAGAACAGCAAUAUCUGUGACAAGCUGACAGCAAGAAGCAAUGAACAUACAAUAUGGGCUUCCACAUUCCAGCAGUUACCAAAGUGUACUCCUGAGGAGAAGAGGAUUGCUAAAAACAACACCUUUGCCAUGGGAGGGAAAUUGUAUUUGCCAGUCCCUGGUCCAAGGAACAAUAAGCAUGUUUCAAAAGUGUCCUCGCUGAUUAAGACAUUUGAUAAGACUGCAGACCAAGGGUCAGGAAGUUCUCUGAUAGCAAAUAAGCAGCCCAUUAAGAAUAGCUUUCAAAAAUAUAAAAUAAAUCAUGUUAAUGAUACUGCUUCCUGUGAUGAUACAGACAUUUUAAGCAUCCACAAGGAACUUUCUGAAUUUUCUGAGGCUAAGCAAGGUAGUCUCAGUGGCAAACAUGAGCCACAGAGAAGACCUAAUAAAGUAGACCUGAGUUAUAGGGACUCUGAUGGUUAUUAUCCUGUGCUGAUUGAGAGGUCAAAAAUAGCCAAGUCAAAUUUUUCCCAUUCUUCUAAAAAGGCUUUAAAAAACAGAAACUUGAAAGUAAAUGAGCCAGCAAAAAAAGGUAAUUUUCUUCACAGUGAGAAUAGUGCUUUUGAAUCAUGGAAUGUUCAUCAUAAAAAAUUGACAGAAAAGGAGGAAUUUGUUGACAUAAAAAUGAAAAAGGAAGGUCUUGAAUACGUGGAAGAAUCACCACUUGUUAAAGGAUCCCACACACACGAACAUAAAUUGUCACCUGCCACAACCACUGUUGCUAAGAAGAAAGAGAAAGAUUUUCAGAUGAAGCCAACUCCACCAGAAGCUGCUUUCCCUCUCCCAGCUGUACCUCAGGGUCCCGUCCCUUCAGAAACCAAAUUUCCUGCUGCUUUCCCUCCCACACCUCCCCCUAGGAAUCAUGUACACCAGGGUCCCCUUCGGCCACCUCCUGCCCCACCAGCACUUCCUCUCCCACCCCCCACCCGACCUGGCCACCCCUCAACACCCCCUACCCCUGAAGCCCCUCCUGUGCCACCACUCCCAGUUCCAGCUCCACUUUCCCCCACUGCCUUGUCCCAAGUCUCUGUGUCACCCCAGUCUGUGUCCUACAGGAUGGUUUCACCCUCACUCAUGUUUGAGACACCCAGUCCACCUCCACCAAAACCCCAGGCCACCUUAACUGAAGAGGAAUCCCUCAACCCCCAACCGGGCAAUACCUGUCCACCCUGGAGGAGACAGAGGGCUACAGAAAGGGCAGCAGGGAAGAGACAGGCUGCAAAGGAGAAGUUCACAGACAGCCACAAGACCUCAUUGUCUGAAAAGGCAACUGGUGCUGACCCCGACAUGGACAUGACUCCUGUGGCUAAACAGGCAAACUCCCCUGGAUCGAUCAGUCCCUCUUUCAACAUCACGGAACUCCUAACGCCUGUCAUACCACCAAAACAGGAGGUGGACACUGUUGAAAGUGAGCUGAUCCCACUGACACCUCCUCCCACAGAGAGCACAGCUUCAAGAGACCAUGAGGAGAGCACCUUAGAUGAUUACAGGUCGUGGGAUAGUUACAGGUUGACAGCAUCAAGUCUGUUAUUCAACUUAAAGGAUGUGCGCAAACGUGUUAAAAGCAUUUAUACCCCUUCUCCCCUGUUAAGGGCCUUGGAGGAGAAAAAUAAAACAAGGAAAAAUAUGCAGGAGACUACUAAAAUAAAUGCCUCACUCUCGACUUUGCAUGACAAAAGUGAGAAAAAUAUUACAGAGAAAGAUGAAUUGAGUGAUAUAGCUUCUGUAUUGUCUAGCAGUGUUCGUGAAAAGGACAGUAAAACUGAUUUAACUGAACACUUUACAGACAACUGUCUGACUUUGAGUUCACCCCAGACAACAGAAGACCUUCCAUUUUACCAAACUGAAGAUAGCUUGCAGCAAGACAAUUCAAAACACCAAGAUCUGGUUAAAAACACAAGGGAUAAUGAAAAUUUCCCCUUGUUCAGACAUGAAUCAAGUGAACCUGAUUCAGGAAAACAUCUGCAGUAUCCAGCACAGAGACCAUUCAGUAGACACAAUAUAGAUACAACAGCUGGGCAGCCCAUGCAAAAUCGCAGUGAGCAGGGUGAGGAACAUGAAAGGCAAGCUUCUGUUCAGAAUGAAAAUUUUGUCUUCAAAACACUCCUAAACCAACUCUCACCAGAAGAAGAUGUACCUUAUAGCAGCAGCCAAACCAGCAUUGUGGUACCUGGCCACGAAGCACGAGGCAAAAGAAGCACUAGCUCUUCAGAGCAAUCCUUCGUCUCCACAGUGGAGCAACCACUUCAGGAAGAGCCAUUUCUGCCAGUGCCCCUGAUGCAGCAGACAUGCCUCCAAGAAAGCCAGAGGACUGACAGUGAAAUGGAAUCAGGAAGUAAGAAAAUACACAAGGAGAGAGGGAAAGGGGUUGGGGAAGAUGAACUGCAAUAUUAUGCUUGUAUCGGCCCUAGUACUGGUGCAGCAGAGAAGAGGGAGGGAAGUGUUACUGGGAAUGAACAGAGGAGCUUGGUGAAAGAGAAACUAGGGAGAGAGAAAAGGGAAGAGGCCAACAGCACAAAUUCUGCAUCUGACAGCAUAAGAGACAUGUCCGUCCCCAGGUCUGAGGAGCCACAAACACCAUCAUCUUCAAGCUCAACCAAACCCAGUCUGUUUAUGAUUAAAGAUAACACAUUCAGGUCACCUCAGGUAAUAAGGGCUGUCAAGCUGCCCCUACUCAGGUCAUUUUCCCUGGAUGAUACAGUGAGCAGCAGUUAUAAGGAAAUGGAACGUAAGUUUAUGUCCCCAGCAGUUUACAAGCAGCACCAAAACAUGCUGCAUGCCCAGGAGGCUGGCUGGUGGGCAUCGAGACAUAGAGGGCAGCAGAAUGUGAGAGAUGGAGCAACUGACAGAGAAAAAGAAGCCAGUGAGCCUGGAUCUGCUUCAGUAGCACUGGAUCCCAGUCUUCUGGAAGACACAGAGAGCUUUUCAUUUGGAAAACUGACGGAAGAAGAUGAAACAGCUUGUGCUUUGUUAAAUAAAUUUGGGCAAAUGAAUGAGGAAAGUGUCUGCAGAAGUAAAAAGAAGCCUACAAAGGCAAGACACAGCUUGACACAGCCAAUUAUAGGUCUGGAAAAUGACCAAGCACAAAACAACCCCAGCUAUCCUGCAAAAAGAAAGACAAAUUACUUUAAGAAUCAUCAUUUAUCUAACCGUAAAGGGGGCUCUUGUGCAAAAAAAAUAAUCACUAGGGAGACAAUUUCCCCUGUGACUGGCUCCAUGUUAGAGGACCACACAUGUUCUUCUGUCUCCAAUGACACUUUAGAGAACAUCCUACAUACAGAAGGUGCACCAGUUUUGUUAGACAAUCUUUCAUGCUCUGCUGUUACAAGCCCCAGGUCAGGAGGCACGAUGCACGCUCUUGCUGCCAGUUCAUUGUCAGAUAAACCAACUAUUUCCAGCCUUAGAGAGAGAGAGGAUGUUACAAACCCUGCCUUGUUAAACGUGGCACUAGAGAAGCAAGCUUAUAUGCCUGCAGAAGAGAUGAUUGAUUCAGCACAGAGGAAUCUACUUUCUGACAUUGCAGGGGAAGCUGGAAGACUGGAGCCCAGGGGACUUGGUGGGAGACCAGCAGGCAAGCCACCCACUGUGCCACCAAAAACAGAAAAGGCUCUGCGUCGGGCUAAAAAGCUGGCAAACAGGAGAAAAAAAGUGCAAGAGCAGCAGAAAAACCCUCAGACUGAGCAUACAGAUGCUGUAGGGAGAAAGCCUACUCAUUCUGGAGAGACAAUAGUAUCUGAUUCACCCUUAGGAUAUUCUCCCCUUCAUCCUCCCCUUCACUCAACUUUUACUCCCACAGAAACCAGUACUGGAAAACCUCGACUUGCACCAGCAAUGAGCCCUUCAUCCUCUUCAACCCAGCGGAAACUCCUCCAAGACCCUGACUCCGGUCAAUACUAUGUAGUUGAUUUACCAGCCGAAGUUAAUUUAAAGACAUUUUAUGACCCAGAAACUGGCAAAUAUGUUCAAGUCUCAGUCCCUUCCUUGGAACAGAACUUACACCAGUCCACCUCUUCAGAAAUUAAGAAUUCUCCCUAUGCCUCCUACCCUAGAGUGCUGCCUUUACCAGCCUCAUCGGUGGCAGUGCUGAAAUCACCUUCUCAACUCUCUGAACCUGCCUGGUCAGUGCCCGCUGGACCAGAACCAGCUGAACUACCUGAAGAUGCCCAGCAGGACUACAGAUACACUGAAUCUGUGGAUACUCAGCCCUACACUGAACCAGCCUCCUACUCCUACCAUCAAAAUGCCAGAGAAACCCAAGUUCACUUAGGAAAGGAUGUAAGCCCAACCCAAAAUACCGGCAUUGUCACCCUCACCAGUUUAGAUGAUUUUGCUGCUGAAGGAGUGUCUUGAAAAAUGAAGAAACAAAACAUGCCAGCUAGUGUUUUUAAGAACUGUUUGGACAGACACAUGCACACAAAAACACAUGCAGAUUUGAUGUUUGUACAACACUUUGUCUGAAUCUCAUUGUGGUUUGGGUGGGAAAGAAAAUGAAAGCUGUUCGUGUUGAAAGAUGCAAGGUAAUGACCACUCUGAAGAAAAUGAAAUUGAAUAAGCACCAAAUUAUCAGUGAGAUGAAGGGGCAACGCCAGAUAGACAAAUACAUGUGACAAUAUGAAGCCACUGCUUGCUGCUGCUGCUUUGCCAUUAAGGAGGCUGGGAUAGCCAAAGCAAAUGUCCUAUUGGCCAGAUGUAUUGCAUGAUACAUGAUACAAAAUAAAACCUAUGAGACCACCCUAUCCAUCCUAUGAGACCGAGGACUGAUGCUGCGUCUACUGAACUUUCCUCACUCACUGCCUUUGAACUAUAUUGACAGGUAGAAAGCAUGUGGCUACAAAUAAGCCAUACAUGCAAGAUUCAUAUUUUGCACACAUUGAUUGCCCUGAUGUCAUUGACAAGAAGAUUGUAUACUGGAUGCACAAUACAGCAGCCAUGUCAAAAAAAGCCCUUUUAAACAACCAGAUUACAGUUGCAGCUGCUCUAGACUUCUCAUAUACUUUUGCAGUGCCCACUAACAUGCUGCUGAAUUCUUUGUAUUUCUUGGUAACAUCACAAUAGGUUCCCCCAGAGUCAGUGUUUAUUUAUAAUGCAACUUCAAACUUCAGGUUAUCUUGAUACUUGGCUUGAAAUAUUUUGGUGAGGAGUAAGAUUGAAUGAAAUCCCACAACUAUAUUUAAUUGUUUGUUAGGACAAGAAGUUCUUUGCUAUUGUAAUUGAAAUGUGUUUUGUUUUGUUUUCAGGCUCCCACUGAAACAUGGAACUAACUUUUAAAAUCUGAAAAAAGUACUUGAUUUUGGUCUUGUGAAUUCUGUGAUUUAAUACAAACAAGCAAACAAACAAACAAAAGAUUCAAAAUGUCCAAAGUAUUAAUUUCUAGAAAAGUUCUUUGAAUUAUCGCUUUUCUUCAAAAGAUCUGUAUGAAAAUAUCACUCAUCCUUGUAUAAGCUCUUUUUAAUCAUCAUAGAUAAUGAGGGAACCCAGAUGAAAAGAUGGAAAAAUUGAAUGUAAUGUGCCUGCCUAUAAAUAUCUAUAUUUGGAGUAUUGGCUUAGUUUUUUCUGUCUCAUUUUCAUACUGUUUUCCCCAGUUACAACUGAAGUGCAGAAGCUCUUAGGAAGAAUUAUGCCAGUGACUUUCAGCCUGAUUCAUAUCUUAGGCAAUUUUUACAGGAUUUUUUUCAGUGAAGCAGCUCUUGACUUCCUGAAAAGAAAGGGAUGAAUCAGGCCUUUUGUUAAUGAAUACAAUGUGGAGACAGGACACAGGCACUGCUCCACUGUCCCACUGUUAAUACUUAUGGCAGAGAUUUUCUUCAGUAAAUUUCCCAGGCCUGAAGCCUCUCUUGGGACACAGACCCACCUUGUGGUUUUUGUCCUUCCUUAAUUCAGCUCUCAGCCUUCCUCCAUCCCUGACAAGAGCCACGUGACAAGAGCCAACCUGUCCUGGUCCCACCAGCCACUUAUUAAAACAUUUCUCUUAGACAAACACUAGGGGUAUCACUUCAUUCAUUACAACGGGAUUUGGAUUUAGCCUUUAAUGAUUUUCUAAGGUUCAUUUCACCUGUUUUACAUUUUGUGAUUUGGUAGGUUUGGUUGAGCAGAGGUGUAGGGUGGAAAUGAAGAAGCUUGUACUGGUAUGGUUUGGAUUUUAAGCAUAUUCAGCCAAAUGCCCAUAUUUGAAUAAAUAUUUAUUGUUCAGUUUUCCACCCUGGAAAGGUUUCAACACCUGACUGAAUAAAGCCCUGAACAACCUGGGCUGGCCUCAGAGCUGACCCUCCUUGAGGAGGAGGUUCACCCAGUGACCUCCUGAGAUCUUUUGGAGCCUGAAUUAUCCCGUGGUCCUGUUCUGAAAAUAUUCAAAUUUUAACAAACUUUGACUUGGAAUUCAGAAAAUGCAGUCUCUGUGAGAGACUUUUUUUUUGAGAGAACUUUUUUUAAAAAAAUUGAAAAUCAAGAGUGUUUCAGGAACAAGAAUUAAUUUUCAAGCUGUUAAAUUAAGGGAAGUGGCUCUUACUAUAAAUAUUUUUUUUAAUCACAAAUAUUUUGUCAACUGAUGGUGCUAUUCAUGUUGCACUUCUCUGUUGCUGUCACUCUAUACAGCAUAACAUCUAUCCAGUAUAGAGCAGAAUCUCAUCCACAUGUUAAAUUGCAGAUAAGUAGAUCCAUUAGAGUUUUCCAUGGUGCAUUUAUACAAAACCUAUGAAAUCUUAAAGCCUAUCAGAGUGCACAAGCCUUUUUUUUUUUUGUUUUUGUGUGCGUGACAUUACAAAUUUAAAUACCCUUAACAGCCACAAGUCAAGAAGCAGGCUCUCAGAGCACAGGAUAAAAGCUUCCUCUCCAAGGGAAACUAUGGAUAUGAAGCAUCUGUGUGCAGAUGAAAAAAUAGAUGGUAAUUUGAUGACAGAAAUGUAUGAGUGUAUUAAAAAACAUCCCUUUUACUUCUUUAACUGUCAUUUGUUUUGUAGACAUGCAUGCUUCUGCACCCUUUUAUUAAGGGUCUUCUUAAACUCUUAUUCUGGAGAGUGGGAUGCCCCAUUAUGCUGCUCCCAGCUAUGGGAGGAAAGCAGGGUGUAUUUUUCACUCUGCUGUUAAGGUGAACUGAAACAUUGGCAUCUAAAGAGGAGUCAGUCCUAACUUGGAUACCAAAUACAUUUCACGUAGGACUUCUUCAUUUCUGCCAGCUUCAGGGAGCUGCAUUCACAGUGGACUGUGUCUCUGAACAGGUCCCAGAAGGGGCUUUGACCUGGAGAAUCUGUAGCUAAAUUGUUGUAGCAAGAUCAGGGUUUUCUCCAAGGUAACAAGUGACAGGACCUGAGGAAUUUACCUGAAAUUGCUCUGUGGAAGCUUAGAUUAGACAUUAGGAAAAAUUUCUUCACUGUAAGGGUGCUCAGUCAUUGGAAUAAACUGCCCAGGGAAGCAGUUGAAUCACCAUCCUUGGAAGUGUUCAAAAGGCGUGGUGAACCCUUGGUGCUAAGUUAACUGUCAGACUCAAUGAUUUUUGAGGUCUUUUCCAACCUUAAUGAUUCUAUGAUUGUAUGAAAUGAAACAAAUAGAACUGGGGAGUUUUGAGAAUAGAUAAGAAGGUGGUUCUUGUCUUGUAUCCAGAGCUUACCCUGGAGCACUUUGCCGCAGGGAGUGAAUGAUAUAAAAGUAUUGCACCAGGUCCCAGCCUGGUAUUGAGCAAUCAGCAAACCUGUCUCUGGCCUAGACCACCCUGCUGGCCAACUUCUUGUGAGGCUGUGGGAGUGUGUGUGUAGAAAAACAUGCAUGCAUCCACAUAAACAACCCUGUAUAUAUAUGUAAUAUACCUGUAAAACUGCCAUUUUCAUAUCAGUACAGGACAGCACUAAUGCCUGUGAUGGUGAACACAAAAUGUUUGUGUGUUGAAAGGAAGACAAAUGACACCUUUUCAAAUAACAAAUAUUUUUCUUUCUUUGCCCUAUUCUGUCCAUGUUUAUUGGGGGGAUGUUUUCCAUUGCUGCUGUGGGAAACAAGGCUGGAAGAGGUCAGUACUAGGCAAAAUGAGAACUGUAAAUUGACUCUUUUCUUUGGGGGAGGGGUGCUAUGGGAAACGUGCAAUAGUCAUGAAAGCAGUUGUAGGAAAGCACUGUUUUGUGACAGUGACAUUAAGUUGUAGGUUGAAGAGGUAUUGAGGCAAACCAAGCUAAAUUCUGCCUUGCCAGCAGACAGUGGUGAGGACUAAAGAACACGGCAGGUUCUUGACAUGCACGGAAGCACAGCAGGCUGAAGGGAACAGGAGCCAUUGUUUUCACUGUUUCCUUCUCCUGCACGUCACCUUUGUGCAUGUUGCAUUUCUUGGUGCCCUGAGGCUCCUUUACAGUGGUGAUUUUUCCUUGGCAGGUGUGACUGAGGCCGAACCUGACUUACCUAGUCUUUGGUUCUAAGGCCAGAACUGCCUCCCUCUGAGUCUCCUUCUCCUUGUGGGGUGACUGCAAUGCCAACAGUCCAGUUGUCACAUGGCACACUUGGACUGCCACCCCACAGCCAUGGCUCUGUCCCAAGGGCUUGAAUUUCCUCAUGGAAAAUGCUGGAUUUGUUUUACAGAGUUCAGUUUCAUUGAAAUGCCCUACGUGCAUGGAUUUUUGUCAACACCUCCUUGGGUGUUCAGUGCCUUCCUAAGUCAUCUGUCCAAGAAGAUAUGUGUCAUCGGCGCGUUCCAUCAAUGCAACUGUAUUUGCGAAUAAUAAUUUAUUAAUUAAUAAACAAAAUAAAUGGGACUUGUUUUAUAAUACUG